CGCAUUCACAUAUCAGCUCUUCAACAGCAACUUGAGGCUCAGGUGUGUAUAUAUGUGCACGCCUCACAUCCACACAUAAACACCAACAAUAUGCUACCUGAGACUCUCCUCCAGCAGUGAUGCCUGCCUUCAGCCCUCCUGCCUCUUUCCUCUGCGUGCUGCUGUGUGUGUCUGUAGCUCUGCAGCGCUCUGACCUGCGCCUGGCUUAUGUGACCCACAACAGCUUUUUCUACUACUCCUGCAGCCAGGACCCGCAACCCUGCAGCGUUGCCUCACUUGCAGACUGCAGAUGCAAGGACAUCCAGCUUUCCACGCUGCACCGUCCCCAGUCUCACUCGUCUCCUGUUUUCCGGAUGAGACGUUUAACCGUUUGGUUCACGUCGCCGUUAAACACAGCACGUCUGCUCAAUAACUCAGAGGUAAGACACCUCACCCUCAUCCACUGUGGUGCUGGAGGAUCCAGAGGGACACCUUCUUCUUCCUUGGAGGGACAUUUUGCUGUGCAGCACCUCGAGAGGCUGACGGUGGUGAACCUACCGCAGAGGCCGGUUCCCCAAUGUCCAGAUGGAAGCAAAGCCAAAAACACAGACUCAAACAUUGACCCAGACAGAGAUAAUGCUGCUCAUGUAGACAGAAAUAGAUACAACAAGGAUAGAGGCUCAAACCUGGACCUGAUUGUGGACAUGAAGAAAGAUUCCUCAGCUUUGCCCUCACCUCAGAUCCAAGACAUCUUACUGGGCAGGGAGCUGGGAGCAGCGUAUCACGAACAGGCCAGACUGGGAAUCAUCCACAGCUCUGUGCUGGAGUGGGGAGCAGUGGUCAAAGCGUACACAGUCCAGACACACAUAGACAAUGACGGCAUGCUGCCCUUCCCUGACCUCCACCUGCCAAAAUUACCAGAGACGUCUGUGAUAUAUGUCAGCUUUGUUUACUGAUACCAGACAGUGUUCACGACCUGCAAACAAUCACUUUUUUUGUUACUUUGGGCAUAAGAAUAUGAUAAGAAAUAGGGGAUAAAGUGGUCAUCAGUUUACAGAAUAUGUUGCAUUUAACGUUAGAGAUGAACUUAAAGAAACUCUUAAAUGACCAAAAACUGAUAACAAACAUAUUUUGUUCUGCCAGUUUUAGAUUUUCUCAGUUUUUUGAGAAGAAAAUAGUUUGUUUGUUUACUCCAAAGUUAAAGCACAUUUUAACAUACACAAAAUACGUGAAAACCUGAAAUUUUGCACAGCUGUUUAUCAGCAUGUUAGAACGAAGUGUGUCAACUAAUGAGAGAUGGAUAUGUAGCUGAAGUGUAUUUUGUUUUCCAAAUGUUGGUCUCAGAUUAAUUGUGUUGAAAUGAAAGGACAGUGUCUGUUUAUUUUUCCUCUUCACCACCAAGGAUAGAAAAUAUAAGCUCCCACCAUGUGUGCAUAAAAGCUUUAAAAGUAUUAUAUUUUAGUUAGUUAGUUGGUUAAAUUGAUAAGUCAAAAACUUGAUCUACAGAUGUGUUUCGUUUCAAACGCCAGUCAAAUAUUUUUGUCUAACAUUUUCUUGCUUUCAAACUUGAACCACAAGAUGGCGGCAGAGACAUUUAAAUGAAAGAGGAGACGCUGGCUGAAGUUUUGAGGCAGGACUGAGCUGAUAAAAAAGGUACUUUAAUUUAACUUUUUAAAAUGUUAUCUGCAACUCCUAAAGAAUCCAAUAAACCUUAAAUUCAAUAAAUGUGUCAUGACACAUCUCAGCACUUU